UUCAAACGCCAAACAUACGCAACGUAGCGCGCUUGAUACGGUGCCGUCGAAACAGUUUACAGUCAUACCUUUUUGCAGCGAGCAAGCAAAGGACAUAAGGACAGUUAGACUGUGGCAGUUAGUGCGUUUUGUUGGUGUAAAAAAAACAACAACAUAAUUUUAAAAACCCGCAGCUGUGUCUGAUUUCUACUGGCAGCACAAAACUUUGUAAAAUAUAAAAAAAAUUAAAAUAAAUAAUAAACAAAACAAACAAAAAAGUUUAAUCCUCUUUCAUGCAAAUCGUAUACAAGUUACAAGCUUAAAGGCUUAUGAGCCGCCUAUGACAGUAUAAGUGAAAUACAAAAUUGUUGUCGUUAUUGUUAAUACAAUUUUUGUAGAUUUUGGUGUUAAAAAAAAAACACACAAAACGCUCGAAUAACGUCGUAAAUUGUAUGUGGAUUUAAAUUGAACAACAUGUCGACAUGAUCUUCAGUCAAGGCAGCAGUUAAAAUGUCCAAACAAUUAUGACAAACGCUACAUAAAAACUAUACAACCUACAACUUCCCCUAGUCUAUAUGUAUAUUCCCUAAUUGAAGAUUUCACAAUAAAAUACUCGAUCCCAAGAAACAUCGAAAAUUUGUAGAAACAACAACACCAAAUAAUAUAUUACUAAAAUAUAAAAUAUUCAGAUAAGAAAAAUUAUUAAAAAUAUUAUUUGAAGAAAAUAAUAAAUUUUUAAAACUAAAAAAAAAAAUAUAUAUAUAAAAGGUUUUAUCGAGUUUCCAAAAAAAAAUCUAGUAUAAGAGAAAUCUACGUUCACAUACUUCUAGAAAAUCGAAAAAUCAGUGUUGUGAGUUCAAAGCGUUAAUUUGCAGCGCCGUCGCCAUGGGUAAAAAGAGUUCCAAAUUGAAGCAAGACACCAUCGAUCGUCUGACGACUGACACAUAUUUUACAGAAAAAGAAAUUCGACAAUGGCACAAAGGAUUCCUGAAAGACUGCCCAAAUGGUUUACUCACAGAGCAAGGUUUUAUUAAAAUCUACAAACAAUUCUUUCCGCAAGGCGAUCCGAGUAAAUUUGCUUCGCUGGUGUUUCGAGUGUUUGACGAGAAUAAUGAUGGCUCAAUAGAAUUUGAGGAAUUCAUACGCGCCCUCUCCGUGACAUCGAAGGGAAACUUGGAUGAAAAAUUACAAUGGGCUUUCCGGUUAUAUGAUGUUGACAAUGACGGUUACAUAACACGCGAGGAAAUGUACAAUAUUGUGGAUGCCAUAUAUCAGAUGGUGGGUCAACAGCCGCAAUCGGAGGAUGAGAAUACGCCGCAGAAGCGUGUCGAUAAAAUAUUCGAUCAAAUGGAUAAAAAUCAUGAUGGUAAAUUAACAUUAGAAGAAUUUCGUGAGGGUAGUAAAGCUGAUCCACGUAUAGUUCAGGCGUUAAGUUUAGGUGGUGGUUAAGACACUUAAGCCAAACGAACGACUACAUACUACGUUAAAAACAAAACGAACAGUAAAUUUAACAAAUAAUAUUUAUGAGAAAGGAUAAAGGGGAGUAAGGGUUAGCGUUAAGCGCUAAAGGAAAUUUGUAUAACUAAUGACAGAAAAUUAAACAAAAAUAAUAAUAAUUUCUUAAAUGUCUUGCUGCAAUAGUUUGCGCUAAAAUCUAAGCAAUCAGUUUUUUUACAUGAAGCUAGUAAACAAACGAAGAGAAAUGGUUUAAGCGUACGUGUGUUAGGAAACCACGAUAGCCGUAAUUGCAGUGUUAGAAUUCUUACUUUUUUCGUCGAACAAAAAAGCAUUUUUUCAAUAAAUAUUUUUUAACGUAUUUAAAGCAAUUCUUUUCACACAACUUUUGCUAUAAAAAAUACUUGCAAAUCUAAAAAAAAAAAUAAUAAUGAAAAAACUUUCACUAAAAAAUUUCAAAAUAAUUAAUUAAAGUAAUACUAUAAUGUACUUGUAUAAUGAGCAAUUUAGUAAUUUUAUUGACAACAUAUAUGAGAUAAUAAUUUUUUGCAAACAAUUUUAAUACUAGCAUUAAGUGAAAAAAAGCAAAUAAUAUAUAAACACAUUGUGAAAUAAAUGCGUUCAUUAGUAUGUAUAACUUAUACACAACAAUUGGGCAGCGAAUAAAAAUUAAAAUCAAUUAGCAAUACAAAGCGAAUACACCAAUUAAUAAGUAAUUAGCAAAACAACAAAAAAAAAUUAAAUAAUUAAACUAACAAAAAAAAACAUUGUUUUCAUGCAACAAACGAAAGUGUCUAGUGAGAGUGUCAUAAAACAAGCCUUCAUUAUAUACAUAUAUAAAUUAAAUAAAUAUAUAUAUAUAAAUAAAAAAUUAAAUUGAAUAAUUAUUAACCAAUCAUAAAAUUGAUAAAAAGUUUUAAAAUGUUAGCAAUUAGCCUUAUUGCAUAUUAGCAUAGCCUUAUGGCUUUGGCGCUGGUGGUGAAGAUGUUGAUAACGAAAACAUUAGCAUACAUAUAGGCAUUAGGACAAUUAGUAGCAAAAAAAUAUAUAAGUAAUUAAUAAAUAGUUAAGCAGGCUGAUUGGGAGAAGUUGUUUAAAGAAAAUUUCAAAAUAAAGUGCGACAUUUUAUGAUUUAGCGCAGUGUCUAAAAUGAUUAAACACAAAAUGUAGCAUACAUUUUAGAGCCGAAACAUCUUUUGUGAAAUUUGAUGCAUACAUUUAGGAGAAUUGAGUUAAAGUGACAGUGAAGUGAAGACUCGAGAAAACAAGACGACAGACGCGCUUUACAUCAAUUGUAUUAACUCUUGCAUCUAUGAAACACAUUUGUGGACUCAUACGGACUUAAACAACGACAACACUGUGUCGAAUUCCAUCAUACUAAGAUAAUUUCUAUUCUAUGUGCGGUUCAGCUUUAUUAUUUUUUAAAAUGAAUUAUAGUGCGAAAAAUGUAUAGCAAACCAAACUACAAAAAUUUGAAAUAUUUAUUACAAACGAGAAAUAUCCAUGUAUAUGAAAACAAAUAUGAAAUUAUGCUCUUCAAUAACCAACUAUUCCAUAUGCUUAAAAGAAAAUAUUACAUACAAUGAAAAAAUAAAUUUAUAACUAACCAAAAACCUCACCGAAUUUCUUCAGUCUACAGUUUGUAAAAAAAUAUGUUUAACCAGUACAACAAAAAAAAUACAUAAGUAUAUAGUGUUUUAGUAAAUUUAUAAACGUACAAUUAGUGCUGUUGGUAACAAUACAGUGAAAUAUACGCAAUUGUAUAUUGGAGUACGAAAAAUCUCAAUUAAAGCAACACAAAGUCAAUGCGCAAAGAACUAAUGAAAAUCUAUUAAAAAUUCUUCAUAAAUAUGCACAAAAAAUAUUUAGUUUUUAUUUAACUGCUGUAAAUACUAUACACAAUUUAAAUAAUAUAAAAAUACCACCAUUGUGCUUCAGGCACAUGAAAAAUAGUAAAAAUUCUCAAAAAUCGCUUCGAAAAGAAUAAAUAAUCUCUUCUGAAAACAAAUAAAUAAUUCAGGAUCGCUUAAAUGAAAAAUUUUGAAGUCAGAAAUUAUUUUUCUUAUUUUUGGGCCAAGUAAGAUCUUUUAAAACAAUUAAGAAGUGCAAUAUAUUCAGUAUUUUGAAAGUUCAAAAAUGGCUUUUACUUUUCAAAAAUAAGAACAUAAAAUUAAAACUAAAUUUCAAUAAUUCAUUGACUUCAUUUUUCUAAAUGGAACUCUCCUAAAGCAGAAGAACACUCAACAACAUUUCAAAGUUUGUUAAACUCGAUGCUCUCAAGCAAAAGCUUAAAGAGUAGUGUGAGUGGCGUUCAAAAAUCGAUCAUACUAUGAGAGAGUAAAGCAAAAAAAAUUAAAUUUCAUCCAUUCAAAGUAAUCGAUUAUCGAGUAGACGGCAAUGUGAAAGGCAAAAACUGGUUUCUCAAUCAAAAUUUUGAUUGAUCAAUUAAUUUGUAUGUGUGAAAAGACUAUAGGCUUUUUCUUGAUGCACUUAUGUUAAAGUAUGUAAAAGCAAAUUAGUUAUGGUAGCCUUGCUUCAGUGAAAGGAAACUACUUUCGAAAAUACCCGAUAAUUAAAUGUAUUACUCCGAUGUAAUACUUUUAAACUUCUUAAAACGAUUAUGGAAGUUUGCUUCUGUUCCCCUGACAUUUUUCAACCCAUACAUAAAAUUCGGUUUACUCAGAUUAUGAACGAGUAGGUGUUAUGAGAUCGGUUUUGUUCCAUGGAGUACACUGGACUACCAAUUGUAAUAGUGGUUGGGUUGCAAAAAUAUCGUCCAUCGUACAUGAGGAUUGGUCAACAAUAUACUUUAAAUUCAUUCAAAAAUCAGUUGUUGAUUUGAAUUUGCAGUAAUUUUAAUGAUGAAGAAGUUGUUUUGCUCAGUAAUGGUUCAUGAAGCUGGAAUCUAUACAAAUCACUCGACUUAAUAAUUUUACUUGAUUUGAAUUCAUCCCAAAUUCAAUUAGUAAGAAACCGUUUUCGAUUUCUAAUAUGAUGACGGAUUUUUCUAUUUAAUAAUAUUGCGUAGUAGAUAUUUAAACAGUAUGGAAGUAUUCAAACCAGUGCGCUUCAAAGCAUGUCAUGAAAAUGCCCGAAAGCUCGUAUAUGAUUUCAUCCACUCGUUGCAUGGUGAGAUAUGUAUAUAAUUGUCAGACAUAGUUUGACAUAGACAAGCAAUUAUUUAACUCAUAAAAAUCGAGUCAUUACAAAGGUAAAUAUUGCUGAUUCUCUGGUUCUGAAUUCAGGAUCAUUUUUACUUGAAAUUUUAUUAAGUAUGCAUACAUAAAAAUAAAAUAAAAAUACAAAAUUUUAAAAUUUUUCGUCAUUUACGGAACUGUAGAAGCACCUUUCAGGGGACCUUAAAUUAUAUGUAUAAUUAAAAGGCACAGUAUGGGUAAAGGCACAUAAUGUUCAAAUAAAAAAAUUUGAUAAUUUAAAAUUUCUAUAGAAAUUUCUUCAUAAUAAAUAUUGGUAUUCUCUAAAAUUUAAUAUUCACUUUACUAAAAUAUUCAACAAAUAUUCUACGCACAACAGAAAUAAAAAACUAUUAAAAUUAUUUUUUUUUCAUAAUUUGGAACUAAAAAGCAAAUCAUUUUGAAGUACUUGAAAAUAUUUUAAAAUAAAAUAAUUAAAAAUAAAAUAAUUAAAAUAAAGUAAUUAAAAUUGAGAUAUUUUUUAUGCAAAGGCUAAAGUCAAUUCUCAUAUUUAUUACUAUACUAUAUAAAACUAUAAAACACUACAAGAAAACUAAAACUACUUAGAUACACAGAUAAAUAAAAACACAAAGCACUACUGUACUCUACAUACAUACUAUAACGAUACUCAUUAUUAGAAAACCAUAUUAUGUAAAUUACACUAAAAAUAAAGUUAAUUAAAUUUAGUGAUGAACUAAAUUAAAAAAAUUAAGAUAUCUUUAAAAGCAAUAUUUUAAAUUUGAGUAAUGUAUACAGUGAAGCGAAAAACAUAAAAAAUAUGUAUAUAAAAGAUUUAGAAAAAAGAUAAAUAAAAAUUAUAAAAAUGCAAAUAAUUAAGUUCAAUUAAUAAGAAAAAAAUUUAAAUAAUAUAAAAACAAAAAUACCAUUUCGCAGGCACACUGUGUGCGACGGGCAAUGCAAUUAAAGCAACUAUAGCAAUUUUCUUUCAAUUAUGUAUAAAUAGAAGGCGGUGAUUAUGGUGUCAAUAAUAUGCACAAAUUGCAAAU